GUCCUUGGCACACUUUCCUGGGCGUAACCCCAAUUCGACAAAGUAGGAUUUCUCAAUAAGUCGGUGACCAAUUUCACUAUGUUCUGUGGCGGAAGGGAUCUCUGGUGGAAAGUUGGGCUGCUGGUGUUUCAUCACCUUAAAUCUAGAUAUCGUAAAACUAUGCUUCAGUGGUAUGGUCAUGGGAAACAGGUUGUGCUUUUUUCACCAUAGGGAGGACAAUGGGGAUCUUGGUUUGUGGCUGAGGAGGCGCAGACAUAAUGAGGAAAUUCCAUGGAAAAGUCUGGAUUGCUCAAUUUCCUCUCAGAGCAGUGAGAGCAACUGGAAGGACGGCUUUGCCCAGUUGUCAUGGCUGCCCUCCAGCUGAAAAAGAGGACUUUGGAAGGAGCAUAAAUGGAGCGAGGAAAGGGGUUUGUGUUCUGAAUUGAGCGCAAAAAAGAAAAAAAAAUAGUAGCAAAGGGGGAGAAAGCAAGUGAAAAACUAAACCUGGAACACUUCAGGCCAUUGCCUCAGUUACAAGUUGAGAAGCGAACCUCAAAUGCAAAAGACGGUUUAAAAACCGAGUAUAGGCAUUUUCGGAACGCGCCAAUCUUCACGCGGCCUAGCAGAUGCUGGCCAACCGUGACGUGGGAAAGGGCAACUACACGCAUCUUCGAACCCCGAAGGCGACUUAUUCGAAGCCGUGGGGCGAUUCACCCACGAAGCUGCGGCCGUCGCCAUUAAUGGACCAGGGGAGAAUAUAACGCUAUGACGCCUUUUGCGGGACCUUUUGAGGGAGGCUUGACUUUCGAGGAAAGGGCGCCGAUGGCCCCACUCCCCACGCUUACUCGCGAGUAAAUGCCAGCGGCGUGGCCGGACUAGCCGUGCUUUUUUCAGGACAAAAGCUUGGCAGGGUCCGAGCUCGGCUCCUCCCCCCCCCCCAAUCUAUUUGAAAUUAAGCACCGGCUAAAAUCAGUCGCUGAGGGGAAAGCCGAGAGCGGACCGCCGCCAUCGCCCCCUUCUCGGGCGGGAAAUGCCCGCCGGGGGUGGAGCCGCUCGGCUGUCGCCCUCUGGGUGGCCGGAGGAGGGCGAGGCGCCGCCGGUUUUCGCUUUCGCUUCGUUCCGGAGUCCGCCGGACGCUGCAGCAGCCUGGCCGCUCUCCUCAGGCGGGGCGCGGUGAGCAGGUGUCCCCCUUGGGUCUCCUCCGAGGAGCCGCGUGCGGCGACCACCGGCCCCUCGCCCCCUCGCUUCCUUCCCCUGCUGCCACUUUCUCCCCUUCUUCUUUGCUGCGACUGCCCUGCCAUUUCCUCUUUCUGGCUCUCGUUUUCUCUGCGCCUCGACAACCGGAUCGUCAAAUUUAAACCCUCGAAACCGCCCGCCUGGCGGGUCUGGGGAAAGGAUCCCGAUCCUUCCCCAAACAGGCACCCAGUCGGGCUCGCCGGGGAAGCGCAUGUCAGCCUCGCCUUCCUUGGCCCUAAGGUGGCUUUUUGCGAGGAGGAGGAGGAUCAAUGGCCAUUUUGCAAAGUUAUUAACUGGCGACAACAUGGCCUGGUUGAGCAAAAUGGGAAACCAAGCAGGGAGUGGAGCAGUGAAGGUGAUUGUCUGGAUGCGGUUGGAGGAUGGAUGGCGGGUCACAGAUUGAGGUUGAAUCCUGACAAGACAGAAGGAUUGUUUCUGGGCUUAGGGGACUACCUGGUCAUGAAUGGGGCAACUGUGCCCCAGAAGGACCAGGUGCGCAGCCUGGGCAUAUCUGUCAACUUUCAGAUUUGAAAAUAAGGGAUCAGCAGCCUCGAAAAUAAGGGAUCAGCAGCCUCACCUGUCCCAGGGACAGUCUACAGGAUAUCUAACAAUCCGGGAUAGCAGCGGGAAACGGCGCUGGAAUAAGGGAAUUUCCCGUAAAAAAAGGGAAGGUUGACAGCUAUGAGCCUGGGAGUCAUUUUGGGCUCACAGCUGUCCAUGGAGGCGCAGGUCAAUUCUGUGUCCAGGGCAGCUGUCAACCAGCUCCAUCUGGUACGCAGGCUGAGACCCUCCCUGCCCGCGGACUGUCUUGCCAGAGUGGCGCAUGCUCCGGUUAUCUCCCGCUUGGACUACUGCAAUGUGCUCUACGUGGGGCUACCUUUAAAGGUGACUACAAGUAAUGCAGAAUGCGGCAGCUAGACUGGUGACUAGGAGCGGCCGCCAAGACCACAUAACACCAGUCUUGAAAGAUGUUUCCGAGAGGGACAAGAGUGGUGCUGUGGUCUGAACCACUGAGCCUCUUAGGCUUGCCAGUCAGAAGGUCGGCGGUUCAAAUCCCCGCGAGGGGUGAGCUCUCGUUGCUCAGUCCCAGCUCUGGCCAACCUAGCAGUUCAAAAGCCACCAAAAGUGCAAGUAGAUUAAUAGGUACCGCUCCAGCAGGAAGGUAAACGGCGUUUCCGUGCGCUGCUCUGGUUCGCCAGAAGUGGCUUAGUCAUGCUGGCCACAUGUCCCAGAAAAACUGUCUGCAGACAAACGCCAGCUACUCUUGGCCUGUAAAGCGAGAUGAGCACCGCAACCCCAGAGUCGUUCUGACUGGACUUAACUGUCGGGGGUCCUUUACCUUUACCUUUUUACGUUUCCGAGCACAAUUCAGAGUGUUGGCACUGACCUUUAAAGCCCUAAACGACCUUGGCCCAGUAUACCCGAAGGAGCGUCUCCACCCCCAUCGUUCAGCCCCGACACUGAGGUCCAGCUCUGAGGGCCUUCUGGCAGUUCCCUCAUUGCAAGAAGUGAGGUUACAGGGAACCAGGCAGAGGGCCUUCUUGGUAGCGGUGCCCGCCCUGUGGAAUGCCCACCCAUCAGGUGUCAAGGAGAUGAGUAACUAACUUUAAGAAGACAUCUGAAGGCAGCCUUGUAUAUGGAAGCCUUUUAAUGUGUUAUUUUUUUAAAAAAAAAAUUAUAUGUUGGAAGACCCACAGAGUGGCUGGGGCAACUCAGUCAAAUGGGUUGGAUUUAUUAUUAUUAUUAUUAUUAUUAUCAUCAUCAUCAUCAUCAUCAUUGGUGUUAUGGAGCCCUAGGCCUUCUCUUUUACAGGGUACUGUGCAAUACUUCAAAAUGUAGUAAGCCAGCCUUCUUUAUUUGGGUGUUGGUCUCCUGAGUGGGGCUUCAGCCAGUUGAGAUUCCUGCAUUACAGGGGGUUGGACUAGAUGACCCUUAGAGUCCCUUCCAACUACAGUGGUACUUCGGGUUACAGAUGCUUCAGGUUACAGACUCCGCUAACCCAGAAAUAGUACCUCGGGUUAAGAAUUUUGCUUCAGGAUGAGAACAGAAAUCUUGUGCAGCGGCAGCGGGAGGCCCCAUUAGCUAAAGUAUCUCAGGUUAAGAACAGUUUCAGGUUAAGAACGGACCUCCAGAACGAAUUAAGUUCUUAACCUGAGGUACCACUGUACAUUUCUAUGGUUUUAUACUACUACAGGCAGGAAGGUAAUCUCAGCCCCAUCUAAAGCUACUUUUGCCAGCCAAAACUCCUUAAUCUUUCCAAACAAGCUUCAAACUUGGUCACUCUUUGCUUUUCUGUCCACGUUUAGCUCCCCGCCCCCCUUUUUGGUCUAUAUCAGGCACGUCCAACUCCCAAGAUACUGCCAUCUACUCCCAGUAUAUAGAAAAGGCAGUGAUCUACCCCUUGGCAUUUUGGGGGGGGAGGGUUGACCAGAGUUGUCCACCGCUGACAAUAGCACACAGCGCUACAGCAGCCAGUAGACAAAUGAGCCCAUCUCUUUGCCCUCCUUGCCGGGGAGGAAAUAAACGUCAACGUGCCACACCUCCUAUUAUGGGUCCCGCAAUCAACCGGUUGGACAUGCCUGGUAUAUAUCUUUCCAAGUAGGGUUGCCUUUUCAUCAGCCUGGGAUGUUCCUGGGCUUUAUUUACAGCAGCUAAUCUAAAUUGUAGUGAAAUCAGUAGUUAAAACGCUUCACAGUUUGAGGAUGAAGUGUUACCACCUGCUAAUGUUUUGUUAAUCUGCUUGUUAAAGGCACAGUGACAGAGGUUGACUGAAGAGUUGGCAGCACUACUCCCAAGCCUUCAUGCUGCUUUCAGUGCUCAUCCUGUGAGGUAUGUGCAACCUGUAUUUCUGGGUUACCUUUCUAGGUGAUCUUGAGUUUUUGAAUAGAAGGAACAGCUCAGCCCAUUAAAACACAAAGAAGGGGAUAAGUCUCCUUUGUGUGUGAAUGAAGCCUACCCCUUUUAAAAGAGCUGAAUCUCUGCUAUAGUCAGUUUAUAAAAAGCGUGUGUUUAUCUAGAAUUGCUCCUUUUCUAAUCCCAGAUAUGCAGUACUUGUUCUGGCUGCUAAAUCCUGCUCUCAGCUAGGCAGAGGUAUUGAGAAUCCAUCGUGUUUUAAAAUAGAAUAGAUCGGCACAAGUUUGGAACUGGGGGAAAGCUUUGCAUAGGUUGAGAAAUACUUUUCUGAAUUGUGACGUUUUGUGGGCUGUGGCUCAUAUUGAGUCUGCAGUUUUUCCUUUUCAUUCUUUAUAGAAGGCUGAGGAAACCACAGGUCGGCUAGGUUAUGGAGCAGAACUCUAUCUUGUCUAAGCCUUGUUAUCACUGAACCUGAUUCAAAGCAAAUGCUUCAAUCAGCCCAGGUCAAAAUCAGAUUAACAGUUUAAUAUCUGAAGUUGUAACAGCUAUGAAAGAUAAACACUGCUAAUUAAUGUUAAGGUCAAAAGUUAUAGUUCACUAAGUCAAAAGUCAACACUUUGUAGUUUCCAGCACUGUGUAUCUAGUAGCCUCCACAAUUGGGAAUGUUUGUAAAAUAUUUGAAUCGGUAGAAUAUAUGUUUAUUUUGUUGGUAAAUUUGAGUUAGCAGGAGGACUUGCUGGAAAUUGUUCUCUCUCCAUUUCUACCCUGUUGAACUCCUCUAUUUCUUUGAGUACACAUGUGACCCUACCCAGCAGAAAUCCACAAUUCCUCUUCUUUUCUUUUUUAUUCUUUUUUUAAUUAAAGAUUUUCUUGAUUUACAAAAGUGUGUGCAAUGUCUCUCUCUUGUAUUUUUUCCCCCAUGUAACAUUUUUACAAAUCAGUUUCAUUUGUUGAGACAUUAGGAAGAAAAGGGGGAAAGAAGUGGAGGGGGGAAGAUGGGUGGGGUUGGGUCGGGUGGCAAUGUUUCUAUUUUACUUACUAUAUGUAGGGUUUGGUGUCAGCGUUGCUUGUGCAGGUUCUCUGCUAUUCGCUUGUGUUCCUUUAGUGGUGAGAGAGGUUGGGGUUGGCCUAGGGUGUGGCUGUUCAUUUGUGGUUGGCUGUGGUAGUCUUUGUUUUCAUGUGUGAGUGGGGUGGGUGGGUGUUUUGGAUCAGGUUAGCCAUAUUGAUUUGUAUGCUGUUGGUCAUUGUCUUGUUGGGCUGUGUAUGUGACAAAGGGGAGCCAUACCGGGGUGAAGGUGUCUUCUUCUAUUUGUCCCUGUGUCAGUUUCAGUUUAUUGGUUAAUUUUUCUAGUAGGGCUGUUUCCCAUACUAUUUGGUACCACGAUUCCUCUUCUGAGGGUAGGUGGGAAUUCAACAGCAAUGUUUGAAACCUGGUGAUAAAUGAUUUCUCAAAUUUACCGUAUAUCUCCCCUUUCUCUCCCCCUGCAACUUGAUUUUCUUUUCUUCUCCUCCCCCAGUUAUUCCUACUUUGCCUCCCCUAGAUAUGAUUCGUGGCAUUGAAAGAACUUCCUUAGAGGAAAUGUUAAACAUCUGACACUGGUUGGGGCCUGUUCUGGGAGUCUACUAGUAUUUACCUCUGAUACUUGGCCUAAGUAGGGACUUCUGGGAGUGAUCUUUGCUUGCUCCUGGCUCCCCAUCUGCCAGGUAAGAACUGUGCCCGCCUCAAGCUCCUUCCAAUAAGAUAGGUUGAGUAUCCCUUUGCACAGUUGCUGAAAGAAACCAGCCAUGGGUUUAGCCAAGGGGCAGCGGGGAGGGGGCAGCUGCCCCUCCAUACCAAGUAAAACAAUACAAAUAUCAAUCACAUCAGUUCUGCCCCCCAACAAAGUCCUGUCCCCGCCCCCCAUAAAAAUCCUGGUCAUGCCCAUGAAGCCAGCUGUUUUUAAGCCAUAUCUCCAGAAUUUGCUGCUGAAAACAACUAUUGGUUAUUGGCUUGUUUUGUUAGUGCUUUUAUUACAUAUGUUGUUUUUUAACCUUGUGUUUUUUAUGCUCUGAGAUCUAUGGAUGAAGGGUGGUAUACAAAUUUUAUAAAUAACAAUAAAUAAUAAGUGCCUCUCUCUGCAAACUCAGGCGGCAAGCACUGACAGAAAUUGAGAAACAAGAGGGAUGAAUUACGGUAACAUGUUUUAGGGGGAACCUCAGUGUUUGCAGAACUACAAAAAAAAAGUUUUUAAAAAGCCUGAUGUGGAAACUGAGCAUAGUCGCAAUGAAACGUUAAAUGUCAGUUGAAGAAGAAAAGCAGAAGAUUGUGGGAGCCCUGCUUGAGCUUCUUAGUUUAUGGUUUCCUGAAGGAAGGGUUGGCUACCUGGCUGGCUGGCUGGCUGGCUGGCUAGCACCCUGAACAGGAACGCUCCACAUUGGGCAAAAGAUUCCUGCUAACGACUAAUGACCAUUGGAUGUCCCUUCCAACUCCGCAAUUCUGUGAUGCUGUAUCUGACCAGAGGCAAAUGUGGUAUGAGUCUAUACCCUAGGGGUGGGGAGCCUCAGGCCCAUUGGCCAAAUGUGGCCCUCUAAGCCUUCCUCUCUGGCCCUUGAGAUUCUCCCCAGGCCAACCCCCCAUUGGUCCUGCUUCUCGCGUUCCUUAAGUGUUUCUCCAUCACUGGAACAUGUCCUUGAACUAUAAUAUUGCCUCUUGCAAUAAACAGAGGGUGAAUUGAAUGGGUGAAGGGUUGGAGGAGAGGCAGAAAUAAGAGCUAAUUUGUCAUUGUCUGGGGGCGCAAUCUGGACGAUUCUUUCAGGGGCGCAAGAUCACCUAACUACGGCUCUGGUUUCAAACUGCCUUCAGUUCUCUGAAGCAUUGCUUUUGAACUUACAAGGCUGGAGGGAAUGGGAGAAAAGGGGAGAAGGAGGAGACAAGUUUGAAUGGCAGAAGGAGAUGAGUUUGAAUAUGACAGAGUAGGGCAUGUUGAAUUUUUCAAAUUCCAAAAAUGAGGGGUGCUCAAAAGUUGUAACAUGACAUGGGAAUUCAAGGUGUAUUUUGGUUAAAUUAAUAUAAUUCAGUUUUGCUUGGUGAGUGAAAUGUGUGUGAAAUUGCAUAGAAAAUUGUUAAAAUGAUUGCCUGAUUGCCAAGUACUUCCAGUUACAUAUAUUUGUUAUUUUUAUUAUUUAGCGUUACCUGACUUUUUCAGAAGGUGAAAUUAUAAUUAUUUGGUUUUCCCAAAGAACUUUAUGUGCUUCUUCAUCAAAUGUAGACUUGCAAAUUUAAAUGUUGUCCAUUCACAAAAAUAAUAGCAGGUUCAAGUGCCUCACUCUCAAAAACUUAUGUUUAAGACACCCUCACUGGAAAAAAAAGUUGCAAAAAUUUUCACCCUCCUAAAAUGGCACAGAAGGAAAAUGCAAAUGUUAAUACAUUCCUCUUUACCCAAGCCUUUGGCCAUUAAAUAAUCUGCUAAAUAGGAGCGGGAGGACUGUUGUUGUGGUUAUUUUAUUAUCAUUAUGUGUAUUAUGUUUUUAUUAUUAUGCUGUGUAAAUUAUGUUCUUAAGGUUGUAAUAAUAAUAAAAAUUUUAUUAUUUAUACCCCGCCCAUCUGACUGAGGCUAGAUCUAGACAUGUCUAAGAGGCGAUUCAGUUAAACACGUUGUAAACUCAUACAGGGAAAUCCGGUAGGGGAAAAAUGGAACUCUACACUGCCAUCUGGUGUCACAGUGUUAUAUCGCAUAUACAACACAUAAAAAAACACUUUUUCUUUACCAAUCUAGCUGAGUCCUGGGUUGCCUCAGCCACACCUCCCUAGGAUCUUUGGUAUAUAAAUCGAAUAAAUAAAUAUAACAACAACAGCAGUUCAAAUAUGGUAACCAAAAGAGCCAAACACGUUUGAAUGUAUAUCCCAUCAUCCCUGACUACGCUAGCUGGGACUGGUGGGAGUUGGAGUCCAACAACAUCUGAAGGACCACAGGUUCCCCAUCUCUGAUGUAAACCAUUCUAGCAGUAGGGCCUUCUGGCAGUUCCCUCACUGAGAGAAGUGAAGCUACAGGGAGCCAGGUAGAGGGCCUUCUCGGCAGUGCCGUCCUCCCUUUGGAACGCCCUCCCAGCAGAUGUCAAGGAGAUAAAUAACUAUACAACUUUUAGAAGACAUCUGAAGGCAACCCUGUAUCAGGAAGUUUUAACGUUUGACAUUUUAUUAUGUGUUGAAAGCUGCCCAGAGUGGGUGGGGCAUAAAUAAUAAAAUUAGUAGUAGUAGUCACAAAGAGGAAAAGGUAUUGCUGGGGAAUGUAAUUUUGUUGUGCCAGGUGUGCCUUCCAGGUGUCCUUGAUCCUUAGGCUCAUUUAAGAAAUCAAGUACUGCCUUUGGGGAUCCACAAGACCAUGGGUAGACAAACUAAGACCCAGGGCCGAAUCCGGCCCAGUCGCCUUCUAAAUCCGGCCUGCGUACAGUCUGGGAAUCAGUGUGUUUUUACAUGAGUAGAAUGUGUGCUUUUAUUUAAAAUGCAUCUCUGGGUUAUUUGUGGGGCAUAGGAAUUUGUUCAUUCCCUCCCCCCCAAAAAAGUCCGGCCCCCCCACAAGGUCUGAGGGACAGUGGACCAGCCCCCUGCUGAAAAAGUUUGCUGACCCCUGCACAAGACCCUCAGAUCUUCAUUUAUCAAAGUCUCUUUGUCAGACAGCAUCCCUGAACAAUGGACAGAGUCCUCUCGUGGCUGAGGAAACUCUGCGGCAAGGAAGAGGCCGAAGAAGAAAAAGGAGAACGCGACUCGCUACGGGAGAAAAGUUCGGGUGAUGAGGAUGAAGCACCCUACUAUGGCACCAUCAACGGAGGCAAUGCUGCGGAGGCGUCCUGCGCUCCUUGUGUUGGCGCUGCCAGCCGCGGCUCCGUCACCUGCCCUACGUGCCAGGGCACCGGGAGGAUCCCCCGAGGUAAGUUUCAGCUCCAGACCUUCUGUUGCCCAGGUUCUUCCAAAGCUAAUGUGGGAAGAGCCCCGCUGAAUCCUGUUUCCCAGAGUGACCGGCCAGAUCUUUCCCAGAAGCCGACAAGCAGCUCUUGAAGGCACCAGUCCCAGAAGCCGACAAGCAGCUCUUGAAGGCACCAGCUGAUCCAGACAUACUUAAAACAGCUGUUGUUUUUUUUAAACAGACACAUGAAUGUCUUCACAAGUUCUGCUACAUCUUGCUUAAGAAGGAAAUGGCCCAAAUUACAUGCAAUGUUCUGCAUUGAGAUGUACAGUGGUGCCUCGCAAGACGAAAUUAAUCCGUUCCGCGAGUCUCUUCGUCUUGCAGUUUUUUCGUCUUGCGAAGCACGGCUAUUAGCGGCUUAGCGGCUAUUAACGGCUUAGCGGCUUUAAGAAAAAGGAAACAAACUCGCAAGAACUCGCAAGACGUUUCAUCUUGCGAAGCAAGCCCAUAGGGAAAUUUGUCUUGCGGAACGACUCAAAAAACGGAAAACUCUUUCGUCUAGCGAGUUUUUUGUCUUCCGAGGCAUUCGUCUUGCGGGGCACCACUGUACAUACUGUUCUCUUCAUUGGACCAGAUCUGUGGUCCCCUGCACUGAGGGGUGUUUUCCAGACCUUUGCUUAUUCUCUCUUUCUCUCUCUUUUUCUCUCUCUCCCUUCCUCCUCUGCUCCCAUUCCAGAGCAAGAACAGCAGCUGGUGGCCCUCAUUCCAUACGGAGACCAGCGGCUCAAGCCCAGGCGAACGUAAGUUCACUGUGUCUUUGUUGAUAAUGCUCCCUGCCCUUCUUCCCGCCGUCUCUUUCCUAACUUUGCUGCCAGCAAUCUGAUUCUUUUGUGGCGGUUCAGCUACUGCUAAUCUGCCUUCCUCCUGUUUUUGCAGGAAGCUGUACGUAUGUCUCACAGUGACCAUCUGCCUGCUGAUGACAGGGCUCAUGAUGUAUUUCCUGUUUCCACGCUCCAUUGCGGUGGUCCCUGCCGGACUGAAUUUCUCAUCUAUAUCCUUUGACAAUUCUACUUACAGCAUCACCCUUAAUAUGACUGUGAGUCCCUGGGGGUUGGUGGGACAGGGGUUGGAUCGCAUUCAUGUCACAAAAUCUAUUUUCUUCUUAAAUUGAGAUUGUGAUUAAUGUAAUGCGUGGGUUGUUAUGGGGUUGUUGUUGUUGUUUUUAAUACAAUUACUGGGCUCAGAGCUGCCUGGAAGAUGCAUCUUCUUGAGUUAGAGGGGCUUCUAGAUCAGAGAUCUCUGCAACUUGGUUGUAACUGCACUGUGUGCAGAGGAAAAAUCCAUUAUGUCUAUGAAAAGAGGCAUCCUUUAUCACCGCACAUGUUCCAAGGCUGAGAAGUGACAUUCAAAGCAGGUUGUGGGACUCAACUUUGCCCCAAAUUUAAGACUUUAUCUAUGGAACAAAGGAGCAGGUGACUAAAGGAGCCUGUUGUAAAUGAGAUUAGGAAAAAUUAAAACCGCCUUUUUGUCUAGUCCAGGGGUCAGCAAACUUUUUCAGUCCACUGUCCCUCAGACCUUGGGGUGGGGGGCUAGACUAUAUUUUGAAGAAGAAAAAUGAACAAAUUCCUAUGCCCCACAAAUAACCCAGAGAUACAUUUUAAAUAAAAGGACACAUUCUACUCAUGUAAAAACACCAGGCAGGCCCCACAAAUAAUCCAGAGGUGCAUUUUAAAUAAAAGGACACUUUCUACUCAUGUAAAAACACGCUGAUUCCCGGACCGUCCGUGGGCCAGAUUUAGAAGGCGAUUAGGCCGGAUCCGGUCCCUGGGCUUUAGUUUGCCUACCCAUGGUCUAGUCCUUAUACUGUACUCAGCACAUUACACUCAAAUGAACAUGGCACACCAUACAGAAGCAGAAGCAGAAGCAAGCAACGUCCUAUGGGCAAACGCAUUUCCAUUUUUGCUUGUAUCAAUCUGUGCUGGAUGAGUACAAGACACCAAGAGGGCACCAGAUUGGUUUAUACAAAAAGAGUGAAGUUUAUUACACCUGAAACUGUUUCUGAUCUAGUAUUGUCAUUGACUUUCCCUCCUGCCAGUCAUUCCUUAGGAUCAGGGAUAGGGUCUCAAGUAGUACCUAACAGGAAUCUUCUACUGGGCUUAACCUAGCCCAAAUAUCAAGGCCAGUUCCAUGCUCUGUACAGAGCUUUGUACUGCGCAGAGAUGGUUCAUGUUGGUCUCACGCAUGGGUAGGCAAACUAAGGCCCAGGGGCCGGAUCUGGCCCAAUCGCCUUCCAAAUUCAGCCUGUGGAUGGUCCGGGAAUCAGUAUGUUUUUACAUGAGUAGAAUGUGCCCUUUUAUUUAAAAUGUAUCUCUGGGUUAUUUGUGGGGCAUAGGAAUUUGUUUAUUCUCCCCCCAAAUAUAGUCCGCCCCCCCCCCACAAGGUCUGAGGGACAGUGGACCGGCCCCCUGCUGAAAAAGUUUGCUGACCCCUGGUCUCACGGAACAGGUGAGACCAUAUCAGAUGGUUCACCUGAUCUUUAGCAUCUUCCUUUUCAUUGUGUCCAAAAUACUUUCUGGAUCCAUUGUGAAAGCCCUCCUCCAUGCCUUAAUCAUAUUUCAUCCAGACUUCCUUUGCUCCAGGCCUCAAUUCCUGCUGUAUUCUCCUUCUCUGCCCCUGUGUGUUUAUCUAAUGGACAGACUGGGCAUUCCGCUUUUUCUAUGGCAUCAUACAUUUGGAUAGGGCGGCAGCAGCAGCAGGGUGCUAAUUAUGGGAUAAAUAUUCAGUCGCGGAACAGAUGGACACACAUGUACCAAGAUGUCAAAUUUAUCAACUCAUCCCACAUAAUUCAUACUGCCUGUCUUUCUCUCUCUAGAAUAUGCUGAAUGUGACAAACAACAACUUUUACACUGUGCAUGUGUCUCAGCUUGCUCUCGAAGUCUUGCACAAGGCACUGGUGAUUGGGAAAAACACUGUGACGACACAGCUGGACAUCAGACCUUUACAUGGGGCUCAGGUGAGGACCAUGCUAAAGUGUGUGUAACGGAGAAGCAGUAGACAAGCAGCCCAAAUUAACUCGCUCUUUCUUAUUUAUUUGUAGAUGCAUUACAGUGUCUCGAGUAAAAUCAUGGAUAAUAACACGUAGUAAGUAUGUCUGUGAAAUCUAUCCCUGCACUUGGGGGGAAAAAACCUCAAUUCAAGUUAUGCUGUCAAUUGAUGGAAUUUUUUUUUAUAAUGACUUUAACCAAUUGUGGCUGGCAAACUUAUAUGUUUCAGACUUAAGGAAGAUGCCUUUGUUGUUGUUUUUUUAAAAAAACCAUUGAACAAAUUGACUGCUUUUUAAGUAUGAACAAGUUACAAUUUCUUUAACAAAUGUUUCAAUUUUAGAAGGAAAUAUCAGCAUUAAUUUUUUUUUAUUGAAUUACCGUAUUUUUCGCUCUAUAAGACGCACCAGACCACAAGACACACCUAGUUUUUGGAGGAGGAAAACAAGAAAAAAAUAUUCUGAAUCUCAGAAGCCAGAACAGCAAGAGGGAUCGCUGCGCAGUGAAAGCAGCAAUCCCUCUUGCUGUUCUGGCUUCUGGGAUAGCUGCGCAGCCUGCAUUCACUCCAUAAGACGCACACACAUUUCCCCUUACUUUUUAGGAGGGAAAAUGUGAGUCUUAUAGAGCAAAAGAUAUGGUAUAUAAUGCAUAGUGUCCCCAUUACAGUAAUGCAGCACAGCUAAAAUGGACUUUGAAAAUAAGCCAGUUCAAGCCCAUCAGCACUGCCCCAAGAUCCAGACAGAUGGCUUAGUAUCUGGUUAGUGGGUUACAGUGAAGGAAGAGGCACAGUGAGACUAAGUAGAUGCUUAGGUAUCUAUAUCUAUAUAAGAGAGCUAGGAUAGUUGUUAGAGAAGCUACAGCAGACACACUUAAUAUCCCGCCUGCAUUAUGCAUUUAAAGCCGUAUCAUACCACUUCAAAGAGUCACGGCUUCUCCCAGAGAAUCCUGGGAACUGUAGUUUGUUAAGGGUGCUGCUGAGAGUUGCGAGGAGACCCCCAGUUACCCUCACAGACCCAGAGCUCCUUGGAGAGAGGAAUUGAUUGUUGAAUCACUGCUUUAACUGUGUAGUGCAGAUGGGGUGUGUGGAGCUAAGGCAGAAAAUUAGAACGGCAAAGAACUAUCGCUUGUCUGUGUUGUGGUCUUUAUGCAGUAACUGAGGGACUGACUUUUAAUGUCAACCUGGAGACAGACCAUUGCGAGGGACUCUGGGAACUUCAAUCACACCUGUGUUACCUUUAUAGCGAAAGCAUCUAGUCCAGCCCUGACUGGCAGCAGCUCCUGCCAAGAGGUCUUCCCAGUAUUACUUCCAAAGAUAUUUUUCAACUGAGGAUGCCGAGGACUGUUGGUUGGCAUCUGUCUGACUCAAGACACAAUGGAGUGUGCCUCCAGGGGUGAAGUCUAACCACUGGAGAGUCACAGCGUCUGCUGUGGCUGCAGAGACCAGCAACGUUUAACUGCUGCCUCCUGCAUUGUUCUUGCCACAUUUCUAAUCAAUACCACAUGGGUUUAGCUUUGGGGUGUCAGUAUUUCUUUCCAACCACCUGUUUGCUGAGGACUGGACCUGUGAAAUUCAGCGUGAAGAACAGGGGCUCCGCCCCUGAGCUGUGGGCCUGUUUGUGACAAGAGACAGAAAAACCCAUCCCCAUUAAGUUCUGCAUUCAAAGCGUUGGCAUAAGCAGCCGGAAACUAAUUAUCUUCCCUUCUCUUUCAGCAACAUUUGCACGUGGUCCAAAAUAAAAGUUCACAAUGUUCUCCUGCACAUACAGUAAGCGUCAUUUCCUUGACAGUAAUCUGACGAGUUUCUGCUCUCCCUCUCCCGCCCUGCCUCCUGCUCCAUCCUCAGUUCUUUCCUCCAGCCAAUAGCAUAGAUUUCCCCAUGACAGUCCCCUUCACAUGGCUGGGCAUUUUCUUCCCACCACCAGUCAAUUCAUGACAUCUUUUAAGCUCCACUUUCUCCCUCUCGGUCCCAAGAUCAUGUCACCCUUCCCCAGAAGUUCUUGCACUGGCUCUACCAGCUUUCAGUCUUUUAACUUUCUCCUCCUUGGCACAAUGAUUCGUUCUUCUCCCCCACUUUUCAGUCCCACCAUGCACAAACCCCCUUUGCUGCACUCCAGCCCCUUGGCCAUCGGGCCCCCGUUUUGUUCAUUUUAAAGUAUUUAUACUGUGCCUUUCAGCCCAAAGUGAAACAAAAUUGCAGCUCCGCCCAAUUAAUCUGCCCCUUGAUCCCGCACUGUUUGAGGACCCUGUUGAGCUUGAAGGCCAGCCCCAUCCCUGACUCUUCUCUUCCCAGAACAAACCUAUCCACCCCCUUGCUUGCUCUUGUGUUGACUGCUGGCUGGCUUUCCCCCUUCUGUGUCCUUACUGGUCGUUGUCGGUCUCUUUCAUCUGACUCCCAUCUCUUCCCUGCUUAUCUAAUGUAGAUUAUAAGCCCAAAGGGCAAAGGCUGGAAUCAUUUCUGUAUCCUGUACAGUCCUGGGCCUGAACUCUAGACUUGAAUUAAGCUGUGGUUGGAAACAUGGAGGUGGUGAAGAGGGCAGGGCAGGGCUUUGUACGUCUUUGGUGGGUUGUGUCAGGUUGGGAACUAGACUUGGGGAAGUCAUAACGGCUGUCAAUUUGCAAACAUUUUGAGCUGGUCUUUCUCUCCCUCUGCAGGGGUACUGUGACUUGCUCAUACCUUGCUCACUCGGAGCAGUUGGCCUUUGAAAACUACCAGUAUGUGGACUGCAGAGGUAAUGUCAGGCUUCCUGGGAUGUCCGGCUCCUCCUGUUCCCCAUAGCUGCUGUGAACUCCCGGAGGAGAAACUGUCUGCCACAUCUUCCGCCCUCUGCAAUGAAAUUGCAGCAGCAGCAACAUUUUCAUCCCUCCUGUAAACUGUGGGGUCAGGAAGGGAAAGGUGUUCCAUUCAGUGUUGCUAGUUCUGCUGCUAAGACGAGGGGCAGCCUCAUCAGGAUAUAGAGAUUUGGGUGAUGCUGUUUGACAACAUAUAUCUUGAGGGACCAGCAUAAAUGCAUCUGAUUGUGGAAGAUAGAAUCCAAGAAAAGCAUGCUGGAGCUUUGGGAUUUUGCGCUGGAAUUUGCAUAGCUUUGGGCUGUGCGCGUCCAACACCGACUGGCCAGAUUGGAUUGAUCUUCUACAAAUGUUUUCUGGCCUGAAGAAGUGCCAAGUGUGUGCUUUAUGGGAAGGCUGGAGUUUACCUUUGAUGUUGUCGUUGUUCAAAACAAUCUUCCCUCGCUAAGCAGCAGAGAACUAUGGACUUUGCACUCUUUACUUGCACAGGCAAGCACUGCUUCUAAAUGAGGCUGUAUGUUUACUCAUCUCUCAUCCCACUGGCCUCCUCCUGACCAUUGGAUCAGCCCUUUGCAAUGUGUGGCGGAGGCGAAGGAAGAGUACACAAAGGUUUUGGAAGUCACAAAUGUAUUAUUCCAUGUUCAAAUCCUGUCUUUCUAAAUGCACCCCUCUCUCUUCUGGGCAGAGUCGGGGAGAUAAUAAAAUCAUGCUGACCUCCAUUUUCUGUCAGAUUGCACAAUUCUCAAAAAAAGUACUCCAGAAUAAAUAGUCUCAUGCAUUGUUAUUGGAGGC